GUUCAAGCAUUUUGAAGAGCAAUAGCAAUACCUCUCCUCCUCUGCAAUCUGUUCCUUAUCCUUUCAAACCCUCCCUCUAAAACCCUCUCUCUGAGAAAACAAUGUCUUCUGCAACCACGCAAAUCUUCAAGCCUCUCUCUAGAGAAGACCCGUGUAUCUGCUCUCAACUAUCACUCUUAGCUUCCAUUCCAAGACCCCAAAACCCAACGUUGGCGGUCCCUGCUAGACCUAUCAAACUUCACCUAUCUUACUCUCUCCUUUCAUAUCCUUUCUGUCCGAAACCCAAAAUUCACCGCUCAUCUUCGGUGGCCUUCGCUGCGAAUACUUCAGGUUGGGCCCAACAAGAGGAGGACAACACGGUGGCCGUCACCGACCAAGAAGAAUCGAUAUGGGAAAAUGAAGAAAGUGACGGGAACCAGGCUGGAUUAUCUGAUUGGGAGGCCGAGGGUGAAGAUUCGAGGAUUGAGGCAGUCGUAGACGAUGACGACGGGGAGGGUGAAGAAGAGGAAAAUUUUGUGGAGCCGCCCGAGGAGGCAAAGGUUUAUGUAGGCAAUUUGCCUUAUGAUGUUGAAAGCCAUAGCUUGGCUAAGCUGUUUGAGCGGGCUGGAACUGUUGAAAUUGCGGAGAUUAUUUACAACAGGGAAACUGAUCGGAGUCGUGGCUUUGGGUUUGUGACCAUGAGCACUGUUGCAGAGGCUGAGAAGGCUGUGGAAAUGUUUAACAGAUAUGAGUUAAAUGGAAGGCUCUUAACUGUAAACAAGGCUGCUCCCAGGGGAACCAGGGCUGAACGCCCCUCCCGUGCGUUUCAACCUGGUUUUAAAAUCUAUGUUGGAAACCUGUCAUGGGAUGUGAAUAGUAGUCGUCUGGAGCAAAUCUUUAGCGAACAUGGAAAGGUGGUGGAUGCACGGGUGGUUGAUGACAGGGAGACUGGACGUUCACGUGGUUUUGGCUUUGUAACAAUGUCUUCUGAGGCUGAAAUGAAUGAUGCCAUCGCUGCUCUUGAUGGACAGAGUCUGGAUGGGAGGGCAAUCAGAGUAAAUGUUGCGGAGGAAAGGCCAAGGCGUUUUUAACCUUAGAUGACAUGAAUACCAGGUCUGCUGAGUGUAUUCUAUUCCAUCCAAGUAUUGAUUUUUCUGUCUCUCUCUUUCUGUUUUUUUAACCUUAGUGUACAAUUUUUUCUCUCUCUUUAUUUGGAAGAUUUUAUACUUUCUUCUGCUGUAGACUGCCAUGGAUUGUCUUCUUGCAACUUGUUUAGAUUACAUCUACUUUCUUCUGUAGACUGCCAUGGAUAAGAAAUAAGAAUGCUUUGGUAUCACUACCUGAAUUUGCACCA